AUGCCAGGCCCACCAAGCGGCCUCGAAGUUCGAUUGCGAGACAAGCGUGUGAAGCUUGCAGAGCCAGAAAAACUCGCUGCGACCAAGACAAGCCAUGUGGCUUGUGCAAAAGCCACGGAAUUCAGUGUGUAUACAUGGAAAGAAAACCUACCAGCUUCCUUGAGCUUGAUAUUCAACCGGUUGAAACGUAUUGAGACCAAGAUCAGUCAACUGUCCAACCAUGGGAAAAGACCAAGUGACGCCCCAAAGAAUGCCCCUGCCACAAUACCAGCGGUGCAAACUUCGCCCGUAGGCGACGCUGCUCAAUUUUUAUCUCCGCCGCACUUUGUCGAAAUCCACAGAGCUAUUAGUACUGUAGGUUCACCCUAUGGAGAUGCGAAGUUGUCUUUCAGCACCCGCCAAGUCAUCCACUGGCCUGGGAUUCACCCAACCAAAACCUCCGGCUCCUUCCCUUCUGCUACAGAGGGUGCGGAUACUUGUCUCACGGAGACUGAAUUAGACGGUUCUGCCUUUCCGGAAGAUGUUGAGAAUGAAAGCUUUCCAGAUGACUGGCUAGCGACGUUGAGCUUGUCGACAGUCAAAGGGUUAUCGAACGCCUACUUCAAUACUUUCAACCGCAUCUUCCCUUUCAUUGAUCGUGAUUUCUAUUUUCUCAACACCCUCUCGACCGUCGUUGGAGAAGGCUUCAACUACAGUAUUGAAUCGUGUCUGGUGCUGAAUGUGAUGGCCUUGGGUUGUCUAGGAGCUAACGCUUUUGAGGAGGGAGGGUAUCACAAUCAGGACGCCUUCCCAGUUGUUGGCGUCACCCAGACUUUGAUGAGUCAAGACGUUCCAGGAAAAGGACUGUUUAACGAGGCGCGCCGGAGGAUCGGCCUCUGCUCAGGCGCAAAGGACAUUCAGGUCUCUCAGUACUACCUGACCGCGGCAUUAUUCUACUCUCAAGCGAUGUGUCCAGUUGACCAGUGGCUGAUGACAGAUCGUGCCAGUACCAACAGCCUGAUAUUUUGGAGCCAUCUCCGGAAUUCUUCGGAGGAAUGGGAGGCCGAUAUGCAGUCCCGCGUCUUUUGGUCUUCGCUACUCAUGGAGACGGUAAUAGUGCAGGAACUAGACUUACCAAGAAGUCGUUUGAGAGAGCUCGAGGAUAUCGUACCACUCCCAAAGUUCCUUCCCUACCCAAAUACGAAGAAACCACAAUCUGCCCGACGUGACGACUCAUACUACCAUUAUCACUUUCUUGCUCAGAUAGCCCAUCGAAUCCUCCUGGGUCACAUUCGUGACGAAAUGUACCAUCUGAAUCCGUCGACUCUGGUUGCAAACGAGUUACGGCACCAGCUGAACCAAUGGCAUACGAACUUACCGCCGGCGUUGCAGUUCGACAGCGACCAGAACCACUUCAGCAGUCCAGCCGAAGCUGUUGCGGUUUCUCUGCUUCAAACAAGACACCGCUCGGCAGUUUACCACCCUGGCCGACCCUUUUUAUACAAGGCAUUGGCCAAUCCGGCUUCGGUGACAGAUCAGGACCUGAAGUUCUGUUCAGAGGCGUUGCAAACAGCCUCCAAUUGGCCUAUCGCGACAGGGACGUGCAAGAACAUGAGCAGCUUCUCGCCACUCAAAUACUUCAUGUGCCGCUCCUUUUUUGGCACCCUGCUCAUCUCUCAUGCGCUCAAACACUCGGGAGACGAUAGACUGGUCAAGACGCUGCCAGAGCAAUCAGAAGCUGCGUGCACGUAUAUGCUCAACUAUAUUGACGAAUUGGCACUAAUGAGCCCGUCAAUUCGGAAGGAUCGAGACCUCCUUUCCUCCAUUUACAAGCCAGUCGAAAGUUGA